UAAAUACUUGUAGUUCACUACAGUGAUUUUUAUGUUGAAAUGGUACCAUAAAAUAGUCAUAUCUGUAAUCACUGAGAAUUGAUUCUACAAUAAAAAAUUGAAUCAAGCAACUCUCACUUGAGAUAUUUAAACUAUUGAUGGUCUUGGAAAUCAAAUGACUGUAUUAUAAGUCCUGGUUUAGAAAAGGAAGUAACAUUGAUCUGCUUCAAUGUCAGCUGUGACAUCAGCAGCUGGAAUCUUGCUCUUUACAUGUACUUAUGUCCUGAUAUGGCAUAGAAGGGGGAAAGGACUAUGGUUUCUCCUUUGCAAGAAGACUAGCAGCAACACAGAAAAGAAUUACGAGGCCAUGAUAGUAUCGUAUGGAUCCCUAGCUCCAAAAAGAUACAUGUAUUCAGAGGUAAUGAAGAUAACUUCUUCUCGCAAGAGUCAGCUUGGAAAAGGCGGUUAUGGUGUGGUUUUCAAAGGAAGACUACACGAUGAUCGUCUGGUUGCUGUGAAAUUCUUGCAUGACUGCAAAGGAAAUGGGGACGAGUUUGUGAAUGAAGUUAUGAGCAUUGGGAGGACCUCUCAUGUUAAUGUUGUUAGCUUAUAUGGGUUUUGUUUGGAGGGAUCAAAGCGAGCUCUUAUAUAUGAGUACAUGCCCAACGGUUCCUUGGAUAAAUACAUUUAUUCAGAGCACCCCAAAGAAAUUUUAGGAUGGCAGAGGCUUUAUGUGAUAGCAAUCGGGAUUGCUCGUGGCCUGGAAUACUUGCACCAUAGCUGUAAUACUCGUAUCGUCCAUUUUGAUAUCAAGCCCCAAAAUAUCCUUCUAGAUAAAGAUUUCAGCCCAAAGAUUGCUGAUUUUGGUCUAGCUAAGCUGUGUCAUACGAAGGAGAGCAAGCUUUCAAUGACUGGAGCUAGAGGAACAAUUGGAUUCAUCGCCCCAGAAGUUCACUCUCGAACCUUCGGGGUGGUUUCAACAAAGUCGGAUGUUUAUAGUUAUGGAAUGAUGCUGCUGGAGAUGGUUGGGGGUAGGAGAAACGUAAAAUCAGUUGUUGCGAAAUCCAGCGAAAAGUAUUUUCCAGACUGGAUUUAUGAUCACUUUGAGCAAGAUGAUGGAUUACAAGCAUGUGAAGUCACAAGAGAAAUUGAGGAAAUCGCAAGAAAGAUGACCAUGAUUGGCUUAUGGUGCGUACAAAUACUGCCUGCAUAUCGUCCUACCAUAACCAAAGUUCUAGAAAUGUUCGAGAGAAGCACAGAUGACAUGGACAUGCCACCGAAGCAAAACUUCUCUGGAUUGCUUGAAAAUUCAGCUCACAAUAUGGAUGUACAAAGUUCUUCCACCAGAAACUGAGGAUAUCGAUCAGCCUUUUGAACUAAAAAAUCCUACAACGAUUGCCAACGCUGUGAGCAGAUGAGCGAUGUGAAUACCAACAACGGACACUCAUCUCCAACUCUUUGAGAAGGUGGUAUAUACUCGAGUAAAUUCAGAACUUGAACAAGCGCAACAGAAUUCGGCAUUGUAGUAGAACAUAUUGCAUGUAUGCAUUGCCUAGAGCAGAGAGCAUCCGCAUGCCAGUGUCUUAAGUUACAGAAGGAAUAAAAGUUAUUCCGAUGAGUUGUGUGUUCCAACUCGUAAAAGGCAUCGGAGGCAGACAUACCAAUGCCUCCUUGACUGUAAUUUUUCUCGAAAAUUGAAUAUACGCGAUUUGGGCUCUAACUACAGCCCCUAGA